CGGAGGCGCCCUGCGGUCCCGGCCCCGGCGCGGCCACCCUCGCUCUCUCGGCCUCCCUGCCUCGCUCGCACCAUGGCUGAUCAGCUGACGGAAGAGCAGAUUGCUGAAUUCAAGGAAGCUUUCUCCCUAUUUGACAAAGAUGGUGAUGGCACCAUCACAACCAAGGAACUUGGAACCGUCAUGAGGUCGUUGGGUCAGAACCCAACAGAAGCCGAAUUGCAGGACAUGAUCAACGAGGUGGACGCUGAUGGUAAUGGCACCAUUGACUUCCCAGAAUUUUUGACUAUGAUGGCUAGAAAAAUGAAAGACACCGACAGUGAAGAAGAAAUCCGCGAGGCGUUCCGAGUCUUUGACAAGGAUGGCAAUGGAUACAUCAGCGCCGCAGAACUGCGCCACGUCAUGACAAACCUGGGAGAGAAGCUGACAGACGAGGAAGUAGACGAGAUGAUCAGAGAAGCGGACAUCGAUGGAGACGGGCAAGUCAACUACGAAGAAUUCGUACAGAUGAUGACUGCAAAAUGAAGACCUACUUUCAACUCCUUUUUCCCCCACUCUAGAAGAAUCAAAUUGAAUCUUUUACUUACCUCUUGCAAAAAAAAAAAAAAAAGUUCAUUUAAAAAUAAAUAA